CUUGGUGGGCGGAACAAAUCAACAUAUACAAGUACUCCCUCCGUCCCAAAAUUCUUGUCUUAACUUUGUCUAGAUACGGAUGUAUCUAAUACUAAAACGUGACUUGAUACAUCCGUAUUUAGACAAAUCUAAGACAAGAAUUUUGGGACGGAGGGAGUAUAAGUCUAUCAUACACUCUGCUCUGUUCUCUUGAUUACUGACAGAAGAAUUCACUAGCAGUACCCUCUGUUUGUCCACUUGAUAAUUCAUUCCUGAACUUGAUAUGAAGUUAACUGGCAUGCAGAUUCAACCGAUAUUAAUAAAAUACUGUUAGCGAAAACUCAACAAAGCGCUAGAUAUUUUCUUCUACGGUUCUAGCUAUCUAGAAGAAACAGUUUGUCUAGGAAUACAGUAUAGAUGGUGAGAAGGUCAACAUUUAUAAGAACUGUUCAGCCUAAAAGUUACACUGAGUGUGAAUUGUCAAGUGUGCUGUGGUAAGACAAAGGCAUAAAGCGCACAAAGGCUACUUAAAGCAUGCAGAAGCAUAUAAUUGCAGCACUAUUCCGCUAAAGAUAAAAUUAUAUAUGUAAAAAUUAGCCAAGGCUCUUUGAGCAAAAUGGUGCACAAAGACACACUGCAGCCUGACAAUGAUGUUGAGCCAACAAUUGAUGCUCAAGAAGGCCACAAUCUGGAACCAGCAGAAGUAACUGAGGACACACAACCCGCAACCAUGCCAUGUAUUCCUGGCGAAGAGGUUGUAGCUGAAGCACCUGCUGGAGUCCAAACUUCUUUGGAGCCUAAUGUGGAUGAGCCUGACGCCCUUCCGGAUACCAGUGAUGGAAACACAGAAACAGUUGAGCCAGCUAAAGUGGAUAAAGAGAACUGUCCAGAAGAUGAAGAUGUUGAGAUCGUCAAACUAGAAGAUCAACCAAGUGAUAAAACUGAUGAUGUGGAUGCAGACCUGGUGCAUGAAGAGGUGCCUAAAAGCAAGAAAACAGAUGUACCCGAAGAUAUGCCUAAAACUGGGCAAGCUGAUGAGUCGAUGAAUGGUGAUCAAGUGCUGAACCAAGAAUCAACAGAAGAAACCAGUGACCCUCUGCCUGAAAAAACUCAAGAAACUUCUCAUGAGAGCAAUGUGUCCACCUCUGAGGAGACAACUCCAGAACAUGAUGCAGUGACAAGGGAGCCAGCUCUUGAUGUUCAAGUGCAAAACCAGGGAUUAGCAGAAGAAAUAGCAGAUGCCAAAGAAGUUGAUGCUGAGAAAACAGUUCAACAAAGGGGUAUUGCUUUUGAGGAGGUAACUCCAGAAGAUAAUGCAACAAUCAUUGAACCAAGUUCUGACAUCCAACAUUUAAAUAAUGUGGAGUCAGAAGAAAUAAAGGGUCUUGAAGAUGCCAAAGCUGGAGAAUCCUCCGAUCAAAGCAACGUGACAAUUGCUGAAGAUGCAACCGAAGAUAAGGAAGCAACAGAAGAUAUGCAACCAGUUCAAGGGUUGGAAGAGGAAGAACCUAAGAACACUGGAACUGUCGAAAUGGAUGAAGCUUCCAGUCAACCACAUGCUGAUGUCAUCAAUAACCUUGCUGAAGAAGACAGUGUACCAGCAUGUGAGCCCCAGGUGAUAGGAUUAAAAGAAGAGGUGAAGGACACUGGAGCCACUGAAACUCAAGAAAUCACUCAACAAAGUCAUGCUGCUGCUUCAGAGGAACUAGUAACAGAAGAUAAUUCUAUGGCAAUUGAGCCAUCGAAUGAUGAUAUCCAGCAAAUCCUGGAGCAAGGAUCAUCUGAAGUUAAGCACGCAGAAGUUUCUGACACUCAAGAAAUCUGCCAUGAAAGAACUAUUUCUGCUCCUGAGGAGGACUCUGUAAAAGAUGAUGUAACAGCAGAAGGACCAAGCUGUGAUGCCCAAGAGGUAGAAAAUGUAGCAUCAGUAGAAGAAAUCAAGGAGAACACAGCUGAGGAUGUGUCUGAACAGCAAAUGCGGGGGCUUGAAACAGAAGAAAUACAGAGCACUGAACCUGUUGAAACAGAAGAAGCUUCUGAUCUAAGGCAUCCUGCUCUCUUGAAUGACCCAGCUCAAGAAGAUAUUCUACCGAGUGAUGUGCCAAAGACUGAAUCAACAGUAGACGUGAAGGAUACUGAAGCCAUUAAAACUGAAGCACUCCCCCAGGAAAGCAAUGAUUCCAUUUCUGAGGAGCCUGCUUCAGAAGAAAAUAUAACAGCAAGUGAAGUAAUUUGUGAUGAUCUUGCCAGAGAGCCAGAUGUUGAUAUGCAAUCAGUGCAGGAGCUACAGUCAGAAAAGAAGAAUGCUGAAUUUACUGAAGUGAGUGAAGCAUCUGGUGAAAUGGAUGCUGCCGUCAUUGAGAACCCAACUCAUGAAGAUAACCUAACCACAAGUGAGUCGCUUGUGAUGGAAUCAGCAGAAGUGAGCAGCAAUGAAGCCACUGAAGGCCAAGAAAUGCCUCAAAGUGAUGCUACUCAGUCAGAAGAUCACAAAACAGAAGAAAAUAUGGCAGUGAGUGAACCACAGAUCCUGGAACCAGAACCUGCUGAAGAAAUGAGAGACGGUGAAGCCACUGAGCCUCAAGCUAUCUCACUAGAAAGCACGUCUGUUCCAGAAGAAGAUGUAACAGCAAAAGAAGCAGCUUCUGAUAUCAGAGAAGUACAAACCGAAGAGCCUAUAGAAGAACCUGAUGAUGUGAAAGCUGAAGAAAUAUCCAACCAAAGCAGUGGGACCAUUGUUGGAGAAACAGCUCAAGAACACAAGUUACUAUCAAGUGACCCAACUAGUGAUGUACAAGCAAAGGAGCUCGAGUCACAAAAAACUGGUAACAGUGAGGAUGUUCAAACUGAAGAAGCUUCGCAUCAAACACACGCUGAAGAAACUUUGACAGAAAAUGAGCCACAAAUAGCAACAGAAGAUAACAGAGCAAUCCUGGCAGAUGUUAGCAUUCAGCAGCUUCAAGGGCAAGAACCAGUUGAAUUCAGGGACACUGAAGCUACUGAACCUCAAGGCAUCUCCCCAUCUCACACUGCCUCUGGUUCUGAGCAGUCCACACCAGAAGAUAACGAGAUGACAGAACCCAGUCCUGCAACUCAAGCAGAGAAUUUAGAAUCAGCAAUAGUGACGGAGGAAAGUAAAGAUAUGAAAAGCACUGACGCAAUUGCUGAGGAGGAAACUCCCAAAGAAUGCGUACAGGAAACUGAGGCACAUGUUGAUAUACCACCAGUGGAGAAUACUGACCCCGCUGAGGUGCAUGACAAUGCAACGACAAAUGACCUGCCAGCAGAAGAGGUGAAGGACAAUGAAGCCAUAGAGGUUGCAGAAAUCCACUAUGAGAGCCCUGUUGCAAAUAUUGGUGAUCUCACUGAAGAUGCCAAAAGCAAUGUUGCUCUUGAAGAUGAGGCAGCUCCUGAUGAAGAUGUAAAACCAACAGAGGCAACUGCUGCUAUACCACAACCACAAGAGCCAGAAUUAGAAGAGAUCAAGAAUAGUGAACCUGUUGAAGUGGAAGAUAAUAUAAUAGCAAGGGACCUGCCAGCAGAAGAGAUCAAGGACACUGACGCCAUGGAAACUGAGAUGAUCCCUCAUGAGAGUAGUGGUGCAAACAUUAGCGAGCUCAUCAAUGAUAUGAAAAGCAAUGUUGCUCUUGCGGACGAGGCAGCUCCUGAUGAACAUGCAAAAGCAACAGAGGCAACUGGUACUAUACCACAACCGCAAGAGCCAGACCUAGAAGAGAUCAAGAAUAGUGAACCAGCUGAAGUGGAAGGAAACAAAUCAGCAAGUGAUCUGCCAUCAGAAGAAGUGAAGGAUACUGAAGCCGUGGAAACAGAAGCAAUCAACGACAGCACUGAUGCAAAUAACAGUGAGCUCACUGAAGAUCUGCAAAGCAAUGUUGCUCUUACAGACGAGGCAGCUCAUGACGAACAUGUAGCGGUAGCGGAGACAACAGUUGAUAUACCACAAGCACAAGAGCCAGAACUAGAAGAGGUCAAGAAUAUUGAACCUGUUGAGGUGGAAGAAACUAGAUCAGCAAGUGACCUGCCAGCAGAAGAGGUGAAGGAAACUGAAGCAAUCAACGAGAGCACUGUUGCAAACACCAGCGAGCUAUCUGAGGAUGUGACAAGCAAUGUUGUUCCUGCAGAUGAGGCAGCUCCUGAAGAGCAUGUAUUAGCAACUGAGGCAACAGUUGAUAUACCAGAAGCACAAGAGCCAGAACUAGAACAGACCAAGAGUACUGAACCUUCUGAAGUGGAAGAAAUCAUAUCAGCAAAUGAUCUGCCAGCAGAAGAGGUGAAGGAUACUGAAGCCGUGGAGACUGAAGCAAUCAACGAGAGCGCUGAUGCAAACAACAGUGAGCUCCCUGAAGAUGUGAAAAACAAUGUUGCUCUUGCAGACGAGGCCGCUCCUGAAGAACAUGUAACAGUAGCUGAUGAUACAGUUGAUAUGCCACAAGCACAAGAGCCAGAAGUAGAAGAGAUGAAGAAUACUGAACCUGUUGAAGUGGAAGAAAACAUAUCAGCAAGUGACCUGCCAGCAGAAGAGGUGAAGAAGACUGAAGCGAUCAACGAGAGUGCUGAUGCAACCAUCAGCGAGCUCACAGAGGAGGUGAAAUGCAAUGUUGCUCUUGCAGACGAGGAACCUCAUGAAGAGCAUGUAACAGUAGCUGAGACAGCAGUUGAUGUACCACAAGCACAGGAGCUGGAACUAGAAGAGAUCAAGAAUACUGAACCUGUUGAGGUGGAAGAAAAGAUGUCAGCAAGUGACAUGCAGGCAGAAGAGGUGAAGGACACUGAAGCAAUCAACGAGAGCGCUGAUGCGAAAAUCAGUGAGCUCACUGAGGAUGUCAAACCUAAUGUUGCUCUUGCAGACGAGGCAGCUCCUGAAGAACAUGUAAUAGCAACUAAGGCAACAGUUGACAUACCACAAGCACAAGAUCCAGAACUAGAAGAAAUCAAGAAUACUGAACCUGUUGAAGUGGAAGAAAACAUAUCAGAGAGUGACCUGCGCGCAGAAGAGGUGAAGGACGCUGAAGCCAAAAAAACAGAAGCAAUCAAUGAGAGCACUGAUGCAAACAUCAGUGAGCUCACUGAGGAUGUGAAAAGUAAUGUUACUCGUGGAGAUGAGGCAGCUCCUGAAGAGCUUGUAACAGCAACCGAGGCAACAGUUGAUAUUCCACGAGCACAAGAGCCAGAACUAGAAGAGAUUGAGAAUGUUGAACCUGUUGAGGUGGAAGAAAACACAUCAGUGAGUGACAUGCCGGCAGAAGAGGUGAAGGACAUUGAAGCCAAGGAAACUGAUGCAAUCAAUGAGAGCAGUGAUGCAAACAUCAGUGAGCUUACUGAACAUAUGAAAAGCAACGUUGCUCUUAUAGAUGAGGCAGCUCAUGAAGAACAUGUAACAGUAGCCGAGACAACAGUCGAUCUACCACAAGCACAAGAGCCGGAGCUAGAAGAGAUCAAGAAUACUGAAGCAGGUGACCUGUCAGCAGAAGAGGUCCAGGAAAUUGAACCCAAGGAAACUGAAGCAAUCAGCGAAAUGACUGAUGCAAACAUCAGGGAGCUCAAUGAGGAUGUGAAAAGCAAUGUUGUUCUUGCAGACGAGGAACCUCAUGCAGAACAGGUAACAGUAGCUGAGAGAACAGUUGACAUACCACAAACACAGGAGCCAGAACUAGAAGAGAUCAAGAAUACUGAACCUGUUGAGGUGGAAGAAAAUAGAUCAGCACGUGACCUGCAAGCAGAAGAGGUGAGGGAAACUGAAGCAAUCAAUGAGAGCCCUGAUGCAAACAUUAGCGAGCUCACUGAGGAUGUGACAAGCAAUGUUGCUCCUGCGGACGAGGCAGCUGAGCAUGUAAUAGUAACUGAGGCAACAGUUGAUAUACCAGAAGCACAAGAGCCAAAACUAGAAGAGACCAAGAGUACUGAACCUGCUGAAGUAGAAGAAAACAUAUCAGCAAAUGAUCUGCCAGCAGAAGAGGUGAAGGAUACUGAAGCCGUGGAGACAGAAGCAAUCAACGAGAACACUGAUGCAAACACCAGUGAGCUCACUGAAGAUGUGAAGAACAAUGUUGCUCUUGCAGACGAGGCCGCUCCUGAAGAACAUGUAACAGUAGCUGAUGAUACAGUUGACAUGCCACAAGCACAAGAGCCAGAAGUAGAAGAGAUGAAGAAUACUGAACCUGUUGAAGUGGAAGAAAACAUAUCAGCAAGUGACCUGCCAGCAGAAGAGGUGAAGGACACUGAAGCAAUCAACGAGAGUGCUGACGCAAACAUCAGCGAGCUCACUGAGGAGGUGAAAUGCAAUGUUGCUCUUGCAGACGAGGAACCUCAAGAAGAGCAUGUAACAGUAGCUGAGACAGCAGUUGAUAUACCACAACCACAGGAGCUGGAACUAGAAGAGAUCAAGAACACUGAACCUGUUGAAGUGGAAGAAAACAUAUCAGCAAGUGACCUGCUGGCAGAAGAGGUGAAGGACGCUGAAGCCAAAGAAACAGAAGCAAUCAACGAGAGCACUGAUGCAAACAUCAGUGAGCUCACUGAGGAUGUGAAAAGUCAUGAUACUCGUGCAGAUGAGGCAGCUCCAGAAGAGAAUGUAAUAGCAGCUGAGGCAGCAGUUGAUAUACCACAAACACAAGUGUCAGAACUACAAGAGCUCGAGAAUGUUGAACCUGACAAGGUGGAAGAAAACAGAUCAGAAGGUGACCUGCCAGCGGAAGUGGUGAAGGAAAUUGAAACCAAGGAAACUGAAGCAAUUAACGAGAGCACUGAUGCAAACGUCAGCGAGCUCACCGGGGAUGUGACAAGCAAUGUUACUCCUGCAGACGAGGCAGCUCCUGAAGAGCAUGUAACAGCAACUGAGGCAACGGUUGAUAUUCCACGAGCACAAGAGCCAGAACUAGAAGAGAUCGAGAAUGUUGAACCUGUUGAGGUGGAAGAAAACACAUCAGCUAGUGACAUGCCGGCAGAAGAGGUGAGGGAAACUGAAGCAAUCAACGAGAGCACUGAUGCAAACAUCAGUGAGCUCACUGGAGAUAUGAAAAGCAACGUUGCUCUUAUAGAUGAGGCAGCUCAUGAACAUGUAACAGUAGCUGAGACAACAGUCGAUAUACCACAAACACAAGAGCCGGAGCUAGAAGAGAUCAGGUAUACUGAAGGAGGUGACCUGUCAGCAGAAGAGGUCAUGGAAAUUGAACCCAAGGAAACUGAAGCAAUCAGCGGAAGGACUGAUGCAAACAUCAGCGAGCUCAAUGAGGAUGUGAAAAGCAAUGUUGUUCUUGCAGACGAGGAACCUCAUGCAGAGCAUGUAACAGUAGCUGAGAGAACAAUUGACAUACCACAAGCACAGGAGCCGGAACUAGAAGAGAUCAAAAGUACUGAACCUGUUGAGGUGGAAGAAAAUAGAUCAGCAAGUGACUUGCAAGCAGAAGAGGUGAAGGAAACUGAAGCAAUCAAUGAGAGCCCUGAUGCAAACAUCAGCGAGCUCACUGAGGAUGUGACAAGCAAUGUUGCUCCUGCAGACGAGGCAGCCCCUGAAGAGCAUGUAAUAGCAACCGAGGCAACAGUUGAUAUUCCACCAGCACAAGAGCCAGACCUAGAAGAAAACAACAAUACUGAACCAGUUGAAGUGGAAGGAUUCAUAUCAGCGAGUGACCUGCCGACAGAAGAGGUGAAGGAGACUGAAACCAAGGAAACUGAAGCAAUCAAUGAGAGCACUGAUGCAAACAUAAGUGAGCUCACUGAGGAUGUAAAAGGCAAUAUUGCUCAUGCAGAUGAUGCAGCUCCUGAAGAACAUGUAAUAGCAGAUGAGGCAGCUCCUGAAGAACAUGCAAUAGCAGCUGAGGCAACAGAUGAUAUACCACAAGCACAAGUGCCAGAACUAGAAGAGCUCGAGAAUACUGAACCUGUUGAGGUGGAAGAAAACAAAUCAGCAACUGACCUGCCAGCUGAAGAGGUGAAGGACACUGAAACCAAGGAAACUGAAGCAGUCAACAAGAGCGCUGAUACAAACAUCAGCGAGCUCACUGAAGAUGUUACUCUUGCGGAUGAGGCAGCUGCUGACAUACAAAUCGAUGUACCACCAGCAAAGGAGCCAGCACUAGAAGAGAUGGAGAAUAUUGAACCUGUUGAAGCACAAGAUGGUAUAACAUCGGAUAAUGUCCCAGCAGAAGAGAUAAAUGACACUGAAGCCAUGGAGACUGGAGAAAUCCCUCAUGAGAGCACAGAUGAUAGUUUGACAGCAAGUGCAGCACUUCCUGAUAUUCAACAAGUCCCAGAACAAGAAGCAGUUGAAGAUAAGGCAUGCACUGACACCACAGAAAACCAAGGGGAACCUCAACAAAGCAUUGUUUCUACUUCUGCUGAGCUUACUCCAACAGAAGAAGAAACAGCAGUAGUAGAGCAUACUCAAGAUACACAUGUACAGAAUGCCGGCAGUGAACCGGGAAGUGACCCAAAUUUGCUUGUCCAAUCAGCACAUCAAUCAGAAUUAGCUGAAGACAGCAAGGGUCAACUUGUAAAGGCAGAAGAAACAGGCCAAAGUAAUGGUGCCACCCUUGAAGAACCAGCUGCAGAUGACAAUGCCGCAAAUGAAAUCGGCCCGCUUGCUGAUUCUAAACAAGAGCGUGGACUAGAAUCAGCGGAAGAAAACAAAUGUAUUGAUGCUACUGAAGGUGAAGAGGGCUCCCAUUUAAGCCAAGAUCCUGGUUUAGAGGAGCCAGUUUCAGAACGUGAUAUAGCAACAGUUGAGCCAACUUCUGAUAUUCAGCAAGUAAAUGACAUGGAUGAAGCAGAAGAAAUGGCGGCCACUGAACCCAUCAACGGGGAAGAAAUUUCCUCUCAAAAAACAGAAGUUGCUACUUUGGAGGAUCCAUCUCCAACAGAUAAUGGAACGGUGCCAGAACAAAAUCCUAUUGAGUUAGACGAAGAGAACUUGGGAAAUGAAAUCAGCAAUGCAAUCUUGGCGGAUGAAGACAUCAAAGAGGAAAUACAAGAGCCAACAGAACAAAAGGACGAAUCAUCUGACUUGGGUGAAAAAACUGCUUUCACAACUCAGAAGGACGAGAGCGCUACUGAGGAAGAUGUUGUACAAAUUUCUGGUGAAGAUACAGUAGGGACUUCAAACAAUAUUGAGCAAAUCAAAGAACUGCCAAAAUCUGUAAUUGAACAUAAUGCGAUAAAAAGUGGUGACCAUACCGAUGAUCAAGAUGACGAGCAACUUCACAAUGUGGAGCUUCAAAUGCAAGUGUGUGAGCGGUCAGUGGAUUUAACCACUGAGCAGCCAGAUGACCACGUGCAAAAGGUUAACUUGGAUCAGCAGAAGAAAGAAGAUGAGGCGAUUGAAAAGCAAACGGAAGAAAUACAGACAGAUGAGCAGAAACAUGAUGACAGUAGGGCUGAUUUCACCACAGAGACAAUAUUGGAGCCCCAGAGCAACGAAAUUGACACAACAAAUAGGAAAGACAACGCUGAUGUGUUUGAGGCUGAACAAACAGAGGCAGUGACUACUGAAAUGCUCAAGAAUGAACAAACCCUACAUAUAGCCCAAGAAUCCAUUCCAAGCGUUACAGAUGUGAAGGUUGAGAACUCCACGGAAAUAGAAGAAACAAUUGAACAAGAAGAUGCACCCAACAACACUGGCACUUUAUAUACUGAUGCUGAUGCUGAAAAAUAUAACGAAGAUGAGAAGGAGAAUACAGAAAUAGAUGCAGCAGUAGCAAAAACUUCUACUGAUGAACAGGAUGGAACAACUGAUGAAACUAUAAAUGAAGAGGAUCCUACGGUGGUUCCUCAGAAUGUUGAAUCCAGAGUGCACUCAGAAGAGAAAGAAUGCAUAAACGCCAAUGAUGGUAUGCAGGCCAUUCAAGCAUCAGAAGAAGAGAUCGUUGAUGAAGUGGAAAAGGAAGAAAUACAAAAUGAAGACACCAAUGUUAAUCAUGAAGAAAUUGAGACCAAACUUGUCGAUGAAGAGGCGUCUGGACUGCAGGACUUGAGCUUUCAUCCAAAGGUUAUAGAUGACAAGUUGGCAACAGAGCAGAAUGGUGCACAAGUUGAAACUGACUCGAAUGAGGAAAUGGCGACUGGCUAUACUGCAGUCACUGAAUCAGUCAAACUCGGUGAAGCUAUCUACAAUAAGGCUGGUGGACCUGAUGUGGCACUAUCUGAUGAAAAUCUCGCCAUUGAGGACAACAGAAGGAAUCUUGAGGCUUCACCUGCAGUUACAGCAUCAGGAGAAAGUAUGAACGAAGACAAUGAACAUCAUAAGCCUGAUCUUCCCGCACACUCCGCCAUGGAUGGAAAUGAAACUGAACAGGCAUCUGGCUUAGAAGUGACAGAAAGAGAGUUGUUUCCAGAGAAGCCACUCCCCACCGGAUCAGAAGAGCAAGAAGAGAGUCAAAUAACCAAAGAACAAGAUGGAGAGAACGUACAAGAGCAAGAAACUGAUGACACAGAGAAAGAAGAAAAAGAAGCUGAGCAGAGUUAUUUGCCUGUCUCCCAUUUUCUGAUGAACCUGAUAAUGGGAAAAGAGAGCAAUGAGCCAGAUGGAAAUUCGGAAUUUAAGGCUGAAAAGAAGCAAGAAGAAACCACAAAAGAUGGCAGUUCUUUGAUCACCUCGCAACAGGAAGAAAGCUUGGGGCCAAUCCCAACAGAAAAUAAGGUGGACAAUGAACGCGUCUUUGAACAAGGAAAACAUAAUAUAGAAGGCUCUGAAGAAACACAUGAUAUCAAGCUGGAAAAGGAUGAAGAGCUCAAUAGGGACACUCAUGGUUUGGAAGCACCAGUAUGCCAAAACAAUGUCCAUGGUGAAACUUCUAGUGAAAUGGUACCUGGUGGAUCUGGCCUGACUACAGAAAUGGAAACUAGAGACAUCAAGCUGGGUGAAAAGGCAACCAAUUCUGUUUGUCAGGAACAUAUGGAAGCGACAACACAGAUUGAAGAAGGAAGCUUGAAGCUUCAUGACAUAACAAGCCCAAAGGUUUCUCAAGAGGACACAUUAGAGGAAGGAAUAACAGACCUUCAGCACGAGCCUUUACCUGAAAAUAGAAGUUCUGAUGCAGUGUCCGGGCAAACACUCUUGUUGACAGAACCAAAUAUGGGUGAUGAAAAGAAUUUGCCUAAUGACACUGACGAUCUUCAAAGUCCUCUGAGCACAAAAAGAGAAGAGUCCAAUGAAUCUUCCAUCACUGAGGCCGAAAGUACUGUAGAGGCAGAACUGGAGAAUGGAGUAGACAAGGAAGAAAAGAAUCAGCAGACAACCACCACAGGUGGAGUUACAGAAGAACAGAUAGAAAAUGAGCAUGAUAUCUCGCAGAAAGGCACAGAGGCAAUAUCUGAUGAGCAGAAGGGUGAAAUUACUGAACCAGUUAUGGGCAAUGAGAUAAAUUUGAUUCAUGAAAAGGGGAUUUCUGCAGGCUCAGAAUGCAAGGACGAAAAACAAAGCUCUAAGUUCUCAAACAGUGAACUAGACAACUCUGAGAAAGCUUUGGAAAUUCAGUUAGAUGGUUCCAGCUUGCAUAUAGACCAAGAUAAGCAAGAUGAAUCUGCAGGCGACCAAAUUGUGAUGGAGAAGAACAACCUGCAAGACAAUCCAGGAGAAUCUGAUUUGCAGAAGGUGCAGGAAACGGAAGUUGCACAAGAAUCUCCUGAAGAAUCUGAUGAAGGUGAUCAGAAUUCUUUGCCCAUAAGAGAGCCUGUGAUCAAAGAAGUGAAUGUAAACAAAACUGUUGAUAACCAUGUGCAAACAGUGGACACACAAUCACAGGAAGAGCAAGAAACAUUUAAUUCACAGGUUCAGGAGCGUGAUCUCGAUGUGGCUUCACCAGAAGAAGCUCCUGAGGCUGAAGAAAAAAUUGUGGAGUCAAAGCCAGAAUUCAGCACAGAUGAAGAACAAAGUCCAAAGAAAGAUGAAUCAAAUAUGGCAGGAGAGAAAACUUAUGAUGAGAAAACAAAGGGUGCACAGGAAGCUAAGAGUCUCACUGACGAAGCGAAAACCAAAGUUGAAGAACAAGGAGUAGUACAGAAGGCGUCACACAAUCAGAAACGUGAUCUCGAUGUGGUUUCACCAACAGAAGCUCCUGGGACUGAAGAAAAUGUUGUGGAUAUAAAAGAGCCAGAGUUCAGCACAGAUGAAGAACAAAGUCCAAAGAAAGAUGUAUCAAACAUGGCAGAAGAGAAGAGUUAUGAAAAGAAGACAAAUGGUGACGACGAAGCUAAGAAUUUCACUGAUGACGCACCAACGAAAAUUGAAGAACGAGAGGCAGGGCAGAAGGCAUCACCUAAAAAGCAUAAUAUCUUAUCUGGUGUCGGAUCAAAGGUAAAGCACCAACUAGCAAAAGUGAAGAAAGCUAUCAUAGGCAAGCCUGGGCACACAAAAUCUGAAUUACCAAAAGCUUGAGACUGCAUUCACCUUAGUGUGUGUAUAUUUUUGUUACUAUUUGUACAUUUGUAUGCUGUUUACUUGAGGUGUAGUAUGACCGUGAUGGUACUAGUAAACAUCAAGGUUUCGCUAUGGCCAUUGCAUUGAAAUGUUGUGUGAUUGAAGAACGAUUUGUAAAUACAGAUAGUGUGUAAAUCAAGGUUUGGUAAUUGUGAGUUUGAGGCAUAACUGAGUGCAAUAUGAGAAAGUCAGGUUGCUUCUUCCUUGUUCA